AUGUAUUAUAUAUUAUGUUUAAUCUUUAUCAUAUUUUUAGUUGAUAGUAUUAAGAUAAGUCAUCUAUUUCAAGGUAAAAAUCCAUUUAUUACAAAUGAUCAUGAUGUUGAUAAUAGUGGAAAACCUAAAAAUAAAUUUAUGCUUAUACCAAGUAUUGGUUAUGAAAUGAAUAAUAAUCCUGGUAAAUUUACUUUCAUCUUAGAUGGAUGGUAUUAUAAACCAGUAGAUUCAGGUUUUAUAAAAAAUAUGAUUAAAAAUAUUCUUCAAACAGCACUUGGUUUUCUCGAAGAUAGUCCUAUAUUAAAUGAUGAAAUUGAACAAGAACGUAUAGAACCAUUUUUUGUUAUUGAUAUAACAAAUUAUAAAAUACAAUUAAAAUUAAGUGAUUCAAUAUCUGAAAUAAUAAUAACUGAUAAAAAUGGUCGUUUUCAUAAAAAUAUUAUUGUUAAUUCAUUAAAUGGAUUAAAUAUACAAAGACAAUCAUUAACAUAUAUUGCUUUUGAUAAUAAUAAUCAAGAAAUAGGAUAUGAAGGUAUUAUUUAUUUAAUGAAAAAUAAAAAUUCUAUUGGAUGUUCGAUUAUUUCUGAUAUUGAUGAUACUAUUAAAAUAUCUGAAGUUCCAUAUAAAUCAAAAUUAAUAAUAAAUACAUUUAAAAAACCAUUUCAAGCAGUACCAGGUAUGUCUGAUGUUUAUCGUUCAUGGGAAUCUUUACAUCAAUGUUUAAUACAUUAUGUUAGUGCAAUGCCUUCACAAUUAUAUUAUGCAACACAAACAUUUCUUAAUAAAGCAAAUUUUCCUGGUGGUUCAUUUCAUAUGCGUCAUUUAAAAUUGGCUGGUUCAGAUAAAAUUAAUCUAAUUAAAAGUAUCAUAAAUUUUAUUGAACAUGAUGGAUCUCAAAAACAUAAAAUAACUGUAAUAGAAAAUAUUUUUACAUAUGCUCCAAUAAGACAACAAUUUAUUAUGGUUGGUGAUUCGGGUGAACUUGAUCCAGAAAUUUAUGGUAAUAUUGCUCGAAAAUAUCCUAAUAGAAUUAAGAUGAUUUUUAUACGUAUUGUUCAAGGUGGUAAAAAUAAUAAUAAUCGAUUUGAAAUAGCUUUUAAAGAUAUAUCUCAAGAUAAAUGGAAAUUAUUUUUUAAUGCAACUGAACUUCCUGAAAAAUUAUAUGAUGAUGAAAAUUCAAUAAACGAAAAUGAUGAUAUAAAUUUUAUUCAAUCGAAUAAUGCAAAUAUUUUAUCAAUAUCUUUGUUCUAUAUUAUCAUAUUAAUACUUUUUAUUUUAGUUUUUAUAAUAGAAUAUGUGUAA